AUGGAUCGCAGAAGAAGGAGAACUGAUGACGACGAUAACAGUGACGAUGAGCGCGUAGUGCCCCCAUCGUCGCCACAGGGACCUACUAGGGGCAGAGCCUCGCCAUUGGGCUCGCCAGAGGAAAUAGACUUCGAAAAUCCCGAUGGUGAAGAGAUGGCUCCAGAGCAAGAUCUGGACGAGAUGGAAGAACAAUUAGAUGAGGUGGAUCUUAUGGGAGAUGACAUGUACCGGGACUAUGGUUCUGACGUCCGUCGGGACACUUACGAGGAUGCUGGAGUCGACGACCGCGACCAGAGUGAACUCGAUAUUGCGGCAAGACGAAGGAUCGACUCUCAGUUGAAUGAAAGAGAUAGACUGCUGCGAAACGAAGCAUACAUGGACGAUGACGAUGAUGAUCUCGAAAAUGCUGCUGUUGGCGAAAUGGGGCUCCCGAUGCAAAGACGCCGCAGAAGGCGACAAUAUGAGGACGACGAUGAUCUAUUAUCCGAUAUAGAUAUUGACCCGCUAGCCGAAGAAUUGACUUUGGAGUCGCUAAGUGACGUGAAAGCAUCGAGCUAUACCGAAUGGAUUACUCAACCGAAUGUGGCUCGGACCAUUGCCCGUGAGCUCAAGUCUUUCCUGCUAGAAUACACCGACGAAUGGGGUAGAUCUGUGUACGGUGCAAGAAUCAGAACUCUGGGUGAACUUAACUCGGAGUCUUUAGAAGUCAACUAUAGGCAUCUUGCCGAAUCCAAAGCUAUCUUGGCGCUUUUCCUUGCAAAAUGUCCCGAGGAGAUGCUUAAGAUUUUUGAUCUGGUAGCCAUGGAUGCUACGCAACUACAUUACCCAGACUAUGUGAGAAUUCACUCCGAGAUUCACGUAAGAAUCUCAGAUUUUCCAACCGUUCUAAAUUUACGUGAAUUGAGAGAAUCUAAUUUGAACUCUCUCGUGCGCGUCAGCGGAGUCGUCACAAGAAGAACUGGUGUUUUUCCUCAAUUGAAAUACGUGAAGUUUAACUGUCUGAAAUGUGGUGCGGUUUUGGGCCCUUAUUUUCAAGACUCCAAUGAAGAAAUUAAAAUUUCGUUCUGUACAAAUUGCAGAUCCAGAGGCCCCUUCAGAACAAAUGUCGAGAAAACGCUCUAUCGUAAUUAUCAACGGAUUACCCUACAAGAAGCACCUGGCACAGUCCCUGCAGGGAGAUUACCAAGACACAGGGAAGUCAUUUUGUUAUGGGAUUUGGUAGACAUAGCUAAACCAGGUGGGGAGAUCGAAGUAACAGGAGUAUACAAAAACACUUACGAUGGUAACUUGAAUGCAAGAAAUGGGUUCCCAGUAUUCGCCACAGUCAUAGAAGCCAAUUCUGUCAAAAGGAGAGAGGGGGGACAAAGACGCGGAGACGAUGAAGAAGGCUUGGAUACUUUCGGGUGGACCGAGGAGGAAGAAAGAGAGUUUAGAAAAUUAUCGAGAGACCGUGGAAUAAUUGAAAAAAUCAUAUCGUCGAUGGCUCCCUCCAUUUAUGGUCAUAAAGAUAUAAAGACUGCCGUAGCUUGUUCCCUGUUCGCGGGAGUUGCCAAAAACGUAAACGGGAAGCACUCUAUUCGUGGUGAUAUCAAUGUUUUGCUUUUAGGUGACCCAGGUACUGCCAAAUCCCAAAUCUUAAAGUACGUUGAAAAGACGGCACAUCGUGCGGUUUUCGCAACAGGGCAAGGUGCCUCUGCGGUGGGUCUCACAGCAUCAGUGCGUAAGGACCCCAUUACUAAAGAAUGGACUUUAGAAGGUGGAGCGCUUGUGUUGGCAGACAAGGGUGUUUGUCUUAUCGACGAAUUUGACAAAAUGAACGAUCAAGAUCGAACGUCUAUUCAUGAAGCUAUGGAACAACAGAACAUAUCGAUCUCAAAAGCAGGCAUAGUCACGACUUUGCAGGCAAGAUGUGCUAUAAUUGCAGCUGCUAACCCGAACGGGGGUCGCUAUAACUCAGCCCUGCCGUUGGCACAAAAUGUAGACUUGACCGAACCAAUUCUGUCUCGUUUUGACAUUUUGUGUGUUGUAAGAGACUUGGUUGAUGAGGAAAAAGAUGAAAGGCUUGCUCGAUUUGUUGUUGAUUCCCACUUAAGAUCUCAUCCUCUCAACGAUGCCCUGGGUGAAGAAAAAGAUUUAGGCAAUACCGAUAACCGCAUAGAGACUGAUGCUGACGAAGAACUCGUCUCUGCUAGACAUAGGCGUUUGCAGAGAGAAAAACAGAGAGAAGGGGAAAUUUCCCCAAUUCCACAAGAAACUUUGAUGAAGUAUAUUCAGUAUGCGCGGACAAAAGUCUAUCCGAAACUUCAUCAAAUGGAUAUGGACAAAGUGAGCAGGGUGUAUGCAGAUUUGAGACGAGAAAGUAUUACAACAGGUUCGUUCCCAAUUACAGUUCGUCAUUUGGAAUCUAUUCUUAGAAUAGCAGAGUCUUUCGCUAAAAUGAGACUCUCUGAGUUUGUAUCAGCUUGGGAUUUGGAUAGAGCGAUCAAAGUGACAGUCGACAGUUUUGUUGGAGCUCAAAAAAUUAGUGUACGCCGGCAACUACAAAGGUCAUUUGCUAUCUACACUCUUGGUCAGAAUUAG